AUGAAGUAUACUAUUUAUGCAUUACUGAUAAAAUUCCUCCUGUUUGUUGGUACAGUCAUCGGCGAUUUAUGGACAGAAAGCGAACGUAUGAGCGAUCUUCAACAAUGGAUUGCUCUUUGUGGCCGGUAUCAGGUUGCUGAAGCAUAUAUGAAGGAUUCGAAUGCUAGAAUAACUGUGUUUGCUCCAGUUAACGAUGUUUUCACUUACAACCCAGAUCUCAGAGCUUUGUCUCAAAAAGAAGUUCUUAGUCACAUAGUUGAUUCUCAAAUUAUUGAAAUUAGUAGUGCCAAAAAAUGGGAAAAACAAACGUUAAUUAGAAGCACAAUUAAUAGCGGCUAUAUUUAUAUAACACAGUUCGAGAAUAAUCCUGGCAACUACUCGUAUUUUGCAAACAAUGGCAUGAUUUGCAAUCAUGCAUCUAAUCAGUGGGGCAUGAUUAGCGGUGAGCAGUAUUUGUAUAAAGUUUGUACGCCGAUUGGUCAUCGGCCAUACCCGGGUACAGCACUAUCCUUGGUACGCGACACCGCUAUGGAGACCUUCACCGAUCGACAGUACGACAACAAAGAAUUAACUGAACUACGCGACAUUCUUAAUCGCGCACCAGAUAUAGCACUGGUAAUCUUCGGCAGUUCAGCUUGGGAUGGAUUUCACACAUAUUUUCUUCCCAACAAUAAAGCUUUUGCAAAAGUUGUCGACCGAAAUCGAAUUGAUCGUGAAGUACUUUUGGCUCACGUUACCGGAGUAAAUCGAGUUCUUUUUACGUAUCCGUGGCUUUACGACGGUGGACGGCAUUAUUAUCCAUCUUUGCGUUUUUCGGGUAACCUUAUUGAAGACAAUUACAAAUUGAGACUUACAAUUAGGAAUAUUACAGAUCGACGAACAGGACGUUGGGACUUGUUUGCAGUCUCAGAAAUUUAUGAACGUUACAGUCAAUUUCGACGUGGUGCGGUUUGGGCAAAGAUUUUAGUUCCAAAUAUACCAGUGCAAAACGGUGUUGUACAUAUUAUUGAUAAUGUGCUCGGAAUCGUUACAAAUACAAUCGAUCAAUUAACAAGGCAGAAUCCCAAGUGCACGACACUAAUGCGAUAUAUUGAUACCAUUGGUCAAACGGUACGUACUUAUUUUUCCGCUACUGGUGGGCUGGUGACAUUUUUUGCACCAUAUGACGAAGCUUUUGAAAGAAUUCCAGAAAAUAUUGAACGUCGGAUCCUACGCGACAGAAUAUGGCUGGAACAGAUCCUGAAACUGCAUAUAGUUCCAGCUAAAGAACUGACAACCGAUGAGAUUAGCAACAAUACCGUUGUUAAUACCAUUGAUAAUAUGCGGCAAUUGUACUUUAUCAAAGGGGAAUGGCCUAAAAAUAAUAUCACGUACUACGUUAUUGGUGGUGGUGUAAAAACAGCAAUAAUGCAGGAAAACGUUGCUGCCACUAAUGGAAUUGUGCAUUACAUCGAACGAGUUCUUGGCGUUCCCUACCAAACACUUUGGGAAAUUUUGAAAAACGAAACUCGGCUACAGACAUCUUAUAAAAUGCUUACGAAUCUACAGCUGCGUUAUUCGUUAGACCCAUGGCAAGUGUUAACAAACGAUCAAAAUUUUACAUUUUUUGUACCGACAAAUGAAGCAUGGGAUAAGGUUGCCACAGCUUUACGACAUCGUAUGCUUGAUGGGAAUCAUUGGCUUGCCCUUCAGUAUGUCUACAAACGACAUAUAAUCCAAGGACAAGCGUUAAUGUAUACAGAUUUUCGGGAACGUACCUUUGUGACAAUGAAUGAUGAGAAAGUUGUGUUGCGUAGGCGUGGAAGAUAUUGGGAAUUGUAUUGGCCACGCGGUAAUCGCGUAGCCAAAAUUCGAGAAGGAGGUGAAAUUGCGGGUAUUAAUGGUUUUAUGCAUGAGAUUGACAACGUACUUAUCUACGAACCUGACAUCAAAGCUAGAGCAUGUCAAGCAGCAUUUCUUGAUUAUCUUUUAAUUUUCUGUAUUUUAGUGGCUCUCUACAGAAACAGAAUGGCAGAAAUUAUUUUUUUACUUUCUUAUAAGUAUUUACUGUCUGACUUUGUAAAUUAA